AUGCCUAGCCGGGUGGGCGCUGACGACGCCGGAGUGGGGGAGAUCGUGGAGGCCAGCGGGGGCGAGCACGAGAGAGCCGUGCCUCCGGGGAGUCGUUCCGCGGCGCAGAAGACCGCGCGGUUCACCGAGCCCGUGCCUGCGCCGCGCGGGGGCGGCCCGAGCCGCCUCGACAGGUCCAUGUCGUCCGCCCCCGCGCAGGCGCUCGAGGGUCUCAAGUUCAUCAGCGAGACAGACGCCUCCAAAGGAUGGACCAGCGCCGCCGGGUUCUUCGACACUAACUCCCAGAAUGAUCUCCUCCCCCGCUCCAUGUUCGGCGAGUGCAUCGGUACGUCAAACGUCGCGUUCGCCGGCGAGCUGUUCGACACGCUGGCAAGGCGGCGGGGCAUCUCCGGGGGCAGCAUCGACAAGGCGGAGCUGCGUGAGUUCUGGGACCAAAUUUCAGACCCCAGCAUCAAGAGCCGCCUGCAGCUCUUCUUCGACAUGGUGGACAAGAACGCUGACGGGAGGAUCAGCGAGGCGGAGGUCAAACAGAUCAUCACGUUGAGCGCGUCGGCGAACCAUCUAACAAUAACCGCACAACAGUACAAGGAGUAUGUCAAGCUCAUCAUGGAGGAGUUGGACCCCCACGGCCUUGGCUACAUCGAGCUGCACAGCUUGGAGAUGCUAUUACUAAAGCCGUUAAGCGAGACGAUGACCAACGGCAGUAAGUUGCCGGAGCCCAAUUGGCACAAGCAGUUGUACCGCCGCGCCCGAUACUUCCUGAAGGACAAUUGGUGCCGCUGCUGGGUGAUGCUCCUGUGGCUCUCUAUCUGCGCGGGGCUAUUUGCUUGGAAGUUCAUGCAGUACCGCCACCACGCUGUGUUCAAGGUGAUGGGCUACUGCGUGUGUGUGGCCAAGGGUGGCGCCGAGACACUCAAGUUCAACAUGGCGCUCACUCUCCUUCCUGUGCACCCAUUCUCCAUCACAUCGGCGCCGGAGGACGACUGCGUCAGCGUCCACAUCAAGGCGCUUGGUGACUGGACCGAAGACCUCAGGGACGCCUUCCUUAAGGUUUGCCCGAACACAGAGGGGAAGAACGAGAUUCGACAGGUAGAGUAUGACCGCGACGACGCCAAGUCCAACCCAAGAUUCCCCAAGAUACUAAUCGAUGGGCCGUAUGGUGCACCCGCGGAGGAUUACAUGCGGUACGAGGUUGUGCUUCUGGUGGGACUCGGCAUCGGUGCCACGCCCAUGAUCUCGAUCAUCAAGGACAUCAUCAACAACACGAAGCGGCUCGGGGACAUCGAGUUUGGCAACCCCGGCGACGCAAGCGCGCCGACGUCGUUCAAGACUCGCCGUGCCUACUUCUACUGGACCACCCGGGAGCAAGGCUCCUUCGAGUGGUUCCGUGGGAUCAUGGACGAGGUGGCCGAGACCGACAAGGAUGGCAUCAUCGAGCUCCACACCCACUGCACCAGCGUCCACAAGGAGGGCGACGCCCGGUCGGCGCCCCUCACCAUUCUCCAGUCCCUGUACUAUGCCAAGCACGGCAUUGACAUCAUCUCCGGCAGCCGAGUCAAGACCACCUUCGGGCGAGCGGACUGGCGUGAAGUAUAUGUUCGCAUCGCUCAGGAGAACCAAGGAAAACGCGUCGGAGUGUUCUACUGUGGCAUGCCGGCGCUGACAAAUGAAUUGCGCUAUCUUGCAAAGGAUCUCUCGAGAAAAACAAGCACACGGUUUGAGUUCCACAAGGAAAACUUCUAG